AUGUUGUGUGGUAGAAAUGUGGACGAGUACAGCUCGGAGAAUGCGCAGAAGCUAGCAGAGGUGCUUGGUCCACUCGUCAAGACCUUACACAAGAGCCGGGGCUACAUCAAGGAUCAGAAGUCGAGACCUGCCAUGGACAUCGUGGGUCCUUUCAAGCACCACGAGCACCUUUGCUUUGGUAUGGAUCCUGAGGCCAAUGAGGCCAAGGCGCAGGCGUACAUCAAGGAGGUCAAAGACAUCAUUGCUGCUACUCUGGAGGAGUAG